CCACUUCAAUGACGUAGCGAAAAAUAAUACAAAUCUGAGAGGCAUCGGUAGCUGCUUUUUGUACCUUAGGUCUAGGAGGAAUGGGUAACUUAAACUGGGUUCUUCACCCACGUCUUCUCCCAACACUUUUCUUGUUGUUAUCCUGUAUACUGAGCCUUUCUCUCGGCACGGAGCUGAGCUUUGUGACAUGCGGAUCAGUCGUUAAACUGAUGAAUAUUAGGCACAAUGUGAGACUACACUCUCACGACGUACGCUACGGGUCCGGUAGCGGUCAGCAGUCUGUAACAGGGGUUUCCUCAGUGGAGGACAGUAACAGCUACUGGAGCGUCCGCGGAACGAGCGGCGCCUUGUGCCACCGGGGGACGCCGGUCAAGUGCGGGCAGACCAUUCGCCUCACUCACGUCAACACGGGCCGUAACCUGCACAGCCACUACUUCGCCUCCCCGCUGUCCUCCAACCAGGAGGUGAGUGCAUUCGGCGAGGAAGGGGAAGGAGACCACCUCGACGAGUGGACGGUCCAGUGCGGGGGGUCCGUGUGGAAGCGAGAGGAGGCCGUGAGCUUCCGCCACAAGGCCACCGAGGCGCUCCUGUCGGUGACGGGGGAGCAGUACGGACGGCCGAUCCACGGCCAGAGCGAGGUUCACGCCAUGUCCAACCCCAGCCAGCACAGCCUAUGGAAGGCCAUGGAGGGCAUCUUCAUGAAGCCCAGCGAGAGCCCGGCGGGCAACCGGGACUACAGUCACACACACACUGAGUUCUGAACUCCCCCUUUCUCCCUUUUUAGCUCUACCAGCAGCCCCCCUUUCUCUUCCCCCAACAAUAUUUUGUCUGCGGACAUCCAUGUGGAAACUUGAAUUUUUAAAUAUCCAGCAGCUGCACUCAGGCUUCACAAAGUGUGGACAGCAUCAUAAUUUGCCAUUACAGGUACAAGAAGAAACAAAAAACAAAAAAAAAGCUGUUUUACUCUAUCAAGACUAAUCUGUACUACAGGUUUAUGUCCAUCUGGGGCAACGCUCUCAGCUGUUAUUUAUUGCCACAGUACAACAUGCAGUGAAGCGCAUUUACAAGUCAUCAAGUGAGAUGUUGUUACUUGUGCCUUUAUGCUCUCGGAGAAAGUCGUGGGUGUUUACAUAGUGGAGCAGCACAGUGUCUUUAUUGUGUCUUUAUGGUAUUUGUAAACAGUAUUCUACACAAACCACCGAUAAGCAGUGUUACUAUAGAGUAUCGUUCUCUAAAACCAUUAUCCCUCACUAAUUGGAAUGAGAAAACAAGCAUUUUUGUAGUGUUUUUAUUGUGUACAUCAUUGAACUGGAUGAUGUUUACUGACAUUGUUUGAUCGGCUUCGGGGGGUUGGAGUGCCCGGGGAAACGACUGCGUUUUACAUUCGUGGAGUCUUUGCAAAUGUGUUCCAGAGGUUCAUGUGAACAACAAAUUUACGAUGGAUACCUCACAUUAAAGAGUUUUUUUUUUAAUGCA